GGAUCAGUGGUAUUCGUUAGUGACUUACAGGGCGCACGAUCGCGCAUCGGAGCAGGCGGAGCUUGUUUCCUCAUGGUCAACUGCAGGAGCGUCAGUGUUACUUUGCAUCUGUAUACAUAUACAGUGCCGGUUUGUUGUGUGUUAAAGUCUGACUGGGCCUACUUUUGACGAUAUGAGGCCACUUGCUACGCAUUUGGUGCUUCAUAUUUUCUUAUUAGGGAAUAUAGUGGGGCAGGUUCUACAAAGGUCACAGGAUGAAGAGCCACAAGAUUACUGCCGUCUGCCGCCAUUACCCAGCUUCGGUAACUACUUCCUUGCACUUUGCUACGGGCAGGAUAAUCCCAACCCGGCGUGUCUCAACGUGCCUAACACCCCAAUACCUCCAGGCUGGGUGCUCACGUACAUCUGUAACCAAGGGGCGUACUUUCCCCGAGGCCAGGGCUUCGUAGACAGUCGCUGUCAAGGGGGACAGUGGGUACCUCCACCACCUCCUUGUAAAGAAAGAAUCUGUAGCAUUCCUCAAGAUCCUCCCAAUGGCCGGUAUACCUUACACCCAUUGGAGUGCAAGAAGGAGAACUGUAUUUCCGACCACUCUCGUCUCCGAGACAACUCUCUGCUGAUCCUACAGUGUGUGGCUGGUUACGAGCCUCGCAUGGACAACAGUGCCUUAUGUAUCGCCGGAGACUGGUUCCUGCCUCUUGGAUGUCAACGUAUUUCUAAUCGGACAUCAAAUAACGAGGAUAAUUCUCUGAUUCCAAGGAUGAGCAAAUCCUGUCUGAUGCCAACACCCCCAAAACAUGGUACUUACAUGUCUCCAAUGUGCUAUGGGGACACUAGUCUUCUAUCAGAGUGUGAGGGGAUCCCAGGAACCCCUGCUCGAGACUCCUGGACCCUCACAUUUCUCUGUGACAAGGGGUACCAACCCUCCAACAACCAAACACUCUACCACUCCAAGUGUGUCGAUGGUCAGUGGUUGCCUGCGCUGCCUUCAUGUUCAGUAUCUCUGGAAGAUGGAUGUACACAACCACGGAACCCUGCACAUGGACGUUACACUGUGACAUGUGGAGACACACAGUGCGCAGGGGUAGCUGGCUCGCUAGUUCCACGCGCGAAUAAGCUCUCUCUCUCUUGUAACCCUGGUUACCGACCUGUGGAAGGCUACGUCAUUUCCACUUGUACCGACAGGAUGUGGACACCUCCUCCCCCUACUUGUGUUGAUGAGUCAAAUAAUACGAUUCUCAUUGAUAGCCCAGAUGUGAGUGAACUACAGGCCAAGUACAAGUCAUGUGUGUUACCCCAGCCACCACAGCAUGGUUACUACUCACUCUUCAGCAAUAAGUGUUUCGGUGUUCAACUGGCUUCACCUGCGUGUCAGAGAGCUCCCGGGGAGAAGGUGCCUCACCUACAGGUGGUGUCUGUCUCAUGCGAUGACGGCUACAGACUGGGAGGGAUGAGUGGCGACAGUGUAACGGCUCUUACCAGCUGUGACGACGGCAACUGGAGCCAGCCUUUCCCGGAAUGUUAUAGAUUGUGCCCGAAUCUAAAGUCGCUGACAGUGGAGAUGGAAUGCUACCAAGGUCCCAAGCUUGUAUCCUGUGAUGCUCCCAUGUUGCCAGGCUCCACAAUCACCAGCAAAUGUCGGUUAAACCACGCCACUGUAGAUGACCCUAGAAACCUAGAGUGUCUAACCUCAGGACAAUGGUCUGGCAGACUCCCAUACUGUAAACCCAAUUGUGGGCUGUCCAAACUACACAACUACGAUAUCGAGCCAACAGUGGUGGGUGGUACUGCUUCGCCCUUAGGCUACUUUCCCUGGCAUGCCGCUCUCUACCAGCAAGGAGACAGCGGCAAGUGGGAAAAUAAAUGUGGUGGCACACUUAUAUCUCCUCAUAUUAUACUUACAGCUGCUCACUGCGUCACGCAGCAGGCCAACAAGUUGAGUCCAAAACAGAUUAAGGUAGCUCUGGGCAAGUAUCACCGUGACUGGUACGCUAAUGAGACAGAGACCGUCACGAGAGAUGUAAGAGAUAUUGAAAUCCUACCCAACUACUUGGGACAGGAGUCUUUCCUGGAUCUGGACAUUGCUCUCAUGGGUUUAGACUCCCCUGUGCCAGUUAACAGUUUUGUCAUGCCUGCCUGUGUGGACUACUACCUCAACCAUCCUUUGCAACCCGAUAUGACUGGUUAUCUCGUAGGCUGGGGCAAGACCCUUGAGUGUGCCAGAGGAGAGAGUUGUGGGGACACAAGUGACACUCUGAUGUACACCAACACAUCGUUUCUGUCCUUCCGUCAGUGUUACGAGGCCAUGCAGCGCAUCAAGAGGCUUCCUUUCUCCCGGAUCACCACCGACAAGUUCUGUGCUGGCAAUGGAACAUAUUCAGUGGCCCAGCAAGGGGACAGUGGUGGAGGAGUUACCUUUGAGUUUGAAGGUAUCCACUAUGUAAAAGGUGUGGUCAGCUCCAAGAUAAGCCUCCAGGACAGCUACAGCUUCUCUGCAUUCACGAAUGUCUCUCAUCACAUCACAUGGAUACGCGGAAUGGCCUCCUACUUUGAUAAAAGAAUACUUGAAAAGACUUUACAGUUGUAAACAAACCUAUUGUUUAUUCAAAUAUGUAAAUACCUUUUUAAUUCUACAGAAUUUGAAGUAGUCUGAUAUGGAAGCUAUGUUAUAAGAAGCACAAGAUGAGUUUCCUAUGGGCAUACUUUGGUUAUAUACUUUGGUUUAGUCUUUGUAUGCAUAACAUAAACCAUGAAAAAAGCUUCAUAAGUAUGUUAUUUACUAGAUGUUAUGUGCUGAAAAAUGAAAGUUCAAAUUGGUCCCAUUUUCUAAACUUGUGUAUUGGUUAGCUUGUUUAUUUAGAAUCCUUUUUCAUAGAUUGUUCUGAAUCUUCUUUCCUUGAAAAUGUACAAACCUUUCUCUUAGUGUUUGUUGUGUGUGUGUAUAUAUAUACAGGGUGACAAUUAAGUCUGGAACCUCUUUUCUAAUUUUUGAACCAC